AUGUACAGUUUUUGCAACUCUAUGAUUGAAGGGACCAAGUCCCAGGUGGAUGCUGAAAUCUCCCUGAAUACGCAUCGCCAUAUGGAGCCAAUCAGCGCCAUCGCGGCUCCCGGUUAUAAACUCCCCAGGAACCAGGUAAGGGUCAGAUCGCCCCAGACUCUGAGGAUGGUGAUCUUGGCGCCCCGAACCGUCUUCCUGGUGCUCUUGGGGGCCCUGGCCCUGACCGAGACCUGGGCGGGCUCCCACUCCAUGAGGUACUUUGAAAUCUGCGUGUCCCGGCCGGGAGGAGACCCCCGGUACUUAGAAGUCGGCUACGUGGACGACACGCAGAUCGUGCGGUUCGACAGCGACUCCGUGAGUCAGAGGAUGGAGCCGCGGGCGCCCUGGAUGGACAAGGUGGGGCCGGAGUACUGGGAGGAGGAGACACAGAGAGCCCAGGAGUACGCACAGACUGACCGACGGAACUUCCGGAUUCUGCUCGGCUACUACAACCAGAGCGGGGCCGGUGAGUGACCUGGGCAGCGUCACAGGUCAGGACCCCCCUUAUAUCCCAGGGACUGGCGGCAUCGCCCCGAUUCCCGGGUCAGAGCUUCACUCGAAAUGGCUAAGACCCUGAAUCCGGGAGAGCCCACGGGGACCUUUCUGGGAUUCACUUUCUUUCUUUUCUUUUUUAAAGAAUUACCUAUUUUUUUUAUUCAUUCAUCUAUUU